AUCUUUUAGAGAGUCCAACUGAAACACUUAUAGAUGAAAUGAUAAAAUGAGUUUUGCUUCAAAAUAAUACUUGAUGCUACAGAACGUGCGCCCAUGCCCGUACAACACAGCACACUAACUUUGUUAAUACUUAGGGUUUAAAAUUUACAAGCAUGACUGACCCUUCUCCGACGUAUGGGGGGAAAAACUAAAAGGCCUCUCCACUCCCCCACAAGUCGGUCCACUCUGUGCGGUAGUAACCGGAUCCCUCUUCCUCCUGCCUCAGGCUUUUCCCGCCCAUUACCCUGAGAGCCAAUCAUCGAGCUCGGCUUCAGACCUGGGACCAAUCAGCGAUCUCUGCUAUGGCCCCUCCCCCACGUCCAUGGGUACAAGGCGGCGCCAUGUUUCAAGGGCAGCGGGGUUGGUUCUGCGGCAGCGUCAGCCAUGCCCUGAGGCAGUUCUGGGUGGCCGAAGGGGGGACCAUCAGUGACCCGAGGGCCGCCGACUUCCUGUUCAGCUGUGAUGCCUCCCACCCAGACACGCUGAGAAUAUAUCAGAGCCUUGAUUACAUAGAAGAUAAUGCCACAAUUUUUCAUGCCUACUAUCUCUCUGCAGUCGCUAACGCUGAAAUAAAGAACUCGGUGGCUUUAGGUCAUUUCAUUCUUCCUCCUGCGUGCCUGCAAAAAGAAAUAAGAAGAAAAAUUGGUAGUUUUAUUUGGGAACAAGACCAGCAUUUUCUAAUAGAAAAGCAUGAUGAAGUAACACCAAAUGAAAUAAAGGCCCUUGGAGAAAGCAGUAAACUAGCAACAGAUCACGAAAAAGAAUUAUCCAAAAGCACAGAAAAACGUUUUAUAAGGACUCCAGUUGUAGAAAAGCAGAUGUACUUCCCUCUUCAGAAUUAUCCAGUGAACAACAUGGUAACAGGUUAUAUAUCAAUUGAUGCCAUGAAGAAAUUCCUUGGGGAGCUACAUGACUUCAUUCCUGGAAGCUCAGGAUAUUUGGCAUACCAUGUUCAAAAUGAAAUUAACAUGUCUGCUAUAAAAAACAAGUUGAAGAGAAAAUGUUAAGUUAAAUUGUCCUUAUAUCUGGGCAUUUAUUUUCUAUUACCAUAGGUUACAAAAUAUUACCAAAGGUGUGCAUAAUUUUAAAUUCUCCUCUUUGGGACAGGGGGAUGGGGAAAUGGGGAAGAAGUCUUCUUUCUUUCUCAAAAUGUGUCUUUAGGAAAUUCAGAAUCAUUUUGGCUUUGUCUUUUGACAUUUGAGCUGGACUUUUUCCCCAGCUUGUAACAUUAUGUCCACAAAUUCUGAAUGCACCGUUGUUAUGGAGUAAUUGUCAUUGAAAUAUACUUCAUAAGAAAUCUCUCUCUUUCUCUCUCUGUCAGAUGUUCUUUUUGCUUUGACAUUCUAUUAUAUAUUUUUUUCUAGGGUCAAUGCUGUGAAUGCUAAGUUUUAUGAUUCUGGUCAUCUUAUUUUGAUUUUAAAAAGUUAGAGUGCUAUAGUUGAGUUCUGAAGUACUGUUUCUGGCUUGAAAAAUAUGGAGUAACACAGUUUAAUAAUUCUGACUUCAUAUGUGGACAGUUUCUGAUAAUAAAUAUAUCAGAAGUGAUUAUAAACAAGUGUUAUAUCAUCUGAAAUGAACUCGCAAGGCACCUUAGAAUCUCAGUGCUGGGAAGAACCUUAGAAAACUAGUCCAAGCCGUUGAUUGUUUCUAAUGAGGAAAUGAAGGCCUUGAGAGGGUAUCUUGCCUAGGAUGACUAAUUCGGGGCUGAACCAUGGCUGGAACACAACUUCUUGAUUUUCCAGGCCACUGCUUCCCCACUCUCCCACAUGGCAUAUGCUGUAGCCUGUGUCAGAUAUAAUGGACAGCAGAUCUGCAGGGGAGACCCAGAAACAAGCCAACCUGCUUGUCUUGUCUUUUAAAUAAGUUGAAAUAGUAUUGAGAUGUAGUGAUUUCAAGAAGGUAACCUCUUAUCUUUAUUCAUAUGGUCAUGCUAUAUAGAAUCUGGUACGUUUAUUGCAUUUUGGAGAUUUGUAAAUUAUAUAUUACUUGUGAAGAUAACGUCUUGUUAAAACUGUACUUUCUCCUUAGAAGUGCAUGCCAGCUGUAGAAUUAUCUAAAGAAAAUGCACUGUUUUUAGUGUUUGGAUCAUUUGGGUGUAUGUGGGCCUUGGCCUUUCUCCCAUGGCUCAAAUUUCGUAAUACAAAAUUUUUAACAAUAAUCUCAGCAUCAGCAUUUGAAAGUUCUGUUUUUCCCAUACGGUAACUUUUAACUUUUCCUUAUUUAUAUUUAUAUUUGUAUUUGUGCUUAAACUAUCCUGAACUUGUAAAUUAAAAAAAAAAAACCCUAAAUGUUAAUGAUCUUUUCCUGAAAUGUAUUAAAUAUUAUCUCUCCUGAACACUUUAUCUUAGUUACAUUCAGUUAUUAUGCCUCUUAUAUAGCAAUCAAGCCUGUCUGUGGAUCUUAAAUUAAUCGUUAAAAGGACUAAGUAAAUGUACACCAAGUUGUGUACAUUGAGAUUUCUUGGGAGUGUUCAAGUAUUUUUCUGAUAUAUAGAGUAUGCAUGUGUUAACACAGUAAAUAAAAAAUACAUCAAAACAAAAACGAUUCUCAAACAAAAGGGAUUAUAUCUUUAGGUAUAUAUAAAAAGGCCAGAUGUAAUAUUUAUCCUUGAAAUAUUUCCAGAAGCAAUAAAAUCAGUUGAUAACAUAAGCCUUUCAGGAAUUGGAAGCAUAUGAACAAAUAAAAUAGGCAAAGAUAACUGUUUUGUUAAAAGGCUUUUGUCUUGAUGGGAAGUGAAAAGCAGUAUGAUUUUACUUAUUGCUCAUUUAAGCUGUUUCUUUUUAUUUGCUUUAGUGUAACUGACGGAAAUUGCCUCUGGCCCUCAUCUUAUAAAAAACGUUCUCUCCACUUAAGAACUUUUGGUUAUUUCUCUACCCUUUUGCAAAAAGGUCUCCUCUGGUGCUUUUUGCUAUUAGGCAUAAUCAUUCCUCAUAAUGUUUAAUUUAGUGUUUAGUUCUUAGUUCAUGUUAUUUCUUUCAUCCUUUGUGACCAGAUUAUUUUUCUUUCUAGCUUUUGGUAGGGUUUUAUGUCAUUAGAUAAGUUUUGAGUCAUCAGAAGAGUCUGCUAGUUAUUUCUGAAUGUCUGUUUCCCUUUCUCCCAUGAUGAUAGAACCCCAAAUUUCUAUCUGGGCACAUGCUACCUAGAAUAAAGACUAUUUUCUUAGUCUCAGUUGAAAUUAAAUAUGGCUGUGUCACAACGUUUUGUUCAAUGGAUGCACAGCAGAAACGGCAUCUAGGAACUUUUCUUAAAGACAUCUGACAUAUACCCUUUGUCCCCUUUUCUUUCCACUCCCUUUCUUUCUAUUUCUUUCCUCCUGUUGCUUGGAAUGGGGAUGUGAUAGCUACCAUUUGAACCAUAAGAGCAAGAGCUGUACCCUUAGGUUGACAAAGCAGGAGACUGAAAGGAGCUGUACCCUUAGGUUGACUGAAAGAGGGCAUUGUGGAGAUAUCUGCCAUCCUAGCCCUGGCUUGCCUGCCUCUAGACUUUUAUGUGGACAGAGAAAUAAACUUCUGUUUUGUUUAAGGCACUGUAUUUUGGGUCUCUUACUGCCAAACUAAUCAUAAGUGAGGCUUAAGAACAGGCUACUGACCUUGUUCUAUGGGUGAGAAUUGUGUGGAAGAUAUUAGUCCUUUACAUCUGUAAAGUAUUGACAGAUCUGUGGUCUUGAAUUUAUAUAGGUGACCUUAGGGACAUCACAUGUCUAUUAGAUUUAUAGCAGUUUUAGUAAAAAGUUCUUUCAAAUGGAGUGUUUGGUUACACUAUUACUUAGAAGUGUGAAAAACUGCAAAUAAACUCAGUUUAAUAAAUAAAAAGAA